UACAAGAUGGAUUGCAGCUCACAUAAAUUCUACCCUCAAGAUGGCUUUAAUUCUAGGGAACAUCUGGAAACAUAUUUUUCCGGUAAAGAAGAAAUGGUCUUUACAGAGGAUACAAUUAAAUUUCCAAUGGAGACUUUACACCAAAUUUUCAAUGAGGGUCGCAUUAAGGGAGACAUUUUGAUUGACCUCAGUAAUGGAUCCUUCAUUCAUCAUCUCUAUACAGCCAGUCAAUUUUUCAAGCAGAUCCUUGUGCUGAAGUGCUCUGAGCAAUGUAUGAUGGAGCUGAACAAAUAUAUUAACACACAUACAGGAGCGUUUGAUUGGGAUCACCUAGAACAAUAUGCUAAAGGCAAAGAAGGAAACAGUGACCAGCGUCAGGGCAAGAACGUAACAUUGAAGACAGCAAUAACAAAUGUCAUAAAAUGUGACUUCUACAAAGAGAAUAUCACAGACCCAGAGGUGCUUCCACCAGCAGAUUGUGUCAUCAGUGCAUGGCUGCUAGAACUCAUCAACAAAGACCAAGAUGAUUAUAUAAGGAAUAUCAGGAAAUUUAUCAAGCUGCUAAAACCUGAUGGAACCCUGAUAUUGGUGGGGUCUCUCAAUACAACUUAUAUUAAGAUUGGCCAGGACAAGAUACAUGUAUUUAAAUAUGAUGAGAACUUUGUAAGACAAGUUCUCGCUGAUGAAGGGUUCAUUAUUGACCACUGUGCAGUGCAGAAAAGAACAGCAGUGAGUGAUGCUAUUGACUAUAGUGCAUUUGUUGUUAUCUCAGCUCACAGAAAGAAUUAAGGCUGGGAAGCAAAUAGAGGGCAGUGUAGGCGUUUGCUGUAUCUGAUACAGGUGUACCGCUAUGGGACUACCCCACUCUGAUGGGUCACAGACCACCUCCUUCACCCCUUGCUCUGGGACAAAGACUGCUCACCGGAGCCACCCAGGAAAGCAGUCUAUGUCCUGGAGAAGGGGAGGCAGCUCAGGAGGGAAGUCCCAUAGCAGCACUCCUAUGUCACUUCCUGCACACGACUAUGGAUGGCAGUAAAGAACAUGUAAUGGUUAGCAUUACUGCCUCACAGCAUUGAGGUCAUGGGUUCCAUUCCCACCAUGGCCCUAACUGUGUGGAGUUUGUCUAUUCUCCCCGACUUACGUGGGUUUCCUCUGGGUACUCCGGUUUCCUCCCACACUCCAAAAAUAUACUGUUACGUUAAUUGUCCACCUACAAAAAUUUACCCUAGUGUGUAAGUGUGUGUGUACAUGAUCAGACUAGAUGGGCCAAGUGAUUCUUAUCUGUAUGUUUCUAUGCAACAUAAAUGUAACAAUUCUUCCUAUCAAAUUCCAAAUGCUAAAC